CCUGCUCCUCUGUGAACAGCCACACAGAGAGAAAGGUAAAAAGUGCUCUAUGACUCACAGAGAUUGGAGGAGAGUAAGGGAGGAGGGACACAGAUAUAAUGAUGGUAGGAGGCGAGAGAGCGGCAGAGGCAGGCAAAGAAGGACAAGAGCAAGGAGGAGAGAGGCGGCCCAGCCCACUCCGCUAAAACCAUUCAACUGGUGAACCAGAGACGGCAUUCAACUCUCACAGAGGCAGAGAGGGGGGAGCAGAGCCAGAAAGAGGCAGAGAGGAACUCCCUUCGUCUGGGAUAACUUAGUCCAACUGACACACUCCGAACACACACUCUGCAGUGACUUCGCCCAGGGAGCACGGCAACACUUUCCCUUCAUCCAUUCAUCACAUCUGACUUUUUUCUCUUCUUUUUGUUGUUUUUUCCUUUGGCUCGUGUGACGCCUCCACAUUUCACAGCCAUCUGUCCCUGACAAAAAAGAUAAGGAUUACUCAUUUUCUCGCUCGCCGUUGUUUUUUUCUUUUUUGGUCUCGUCCUCUCACUCGCUUCUUUGCAGCUUUUUUCCCUCCGUUUCGCAGGUGGACUGUGAGCUGAGCUCAACUUUGCAGCCUCCAAACUUCAGAGAGGAGGAGAACGGAGAGAGAGGAGGAGAGGACUCCUUCGUUUUUUUGACUUUUGCCUGAAAUCAGAGGUUUCUUCAUCUCUGUUGUCCCAUCUGUGCAUCUGCAUCAGACAGCAUCUCAGAACCAGCCGCUCAGCCGGUCAAGUGUCUCCUGCCGUCAUGUCAGUGUUACCGCUACUCAGCUGGGCCCUUCUGGUCCUGGUUCAGGUCCGGGGCUCCAACUCGUCCUCAGACCCAGCCGCCAUGCUUCAGCCGCUCUCCCUGAGCGUCCAUCCUCACCACAAGCUCCAGCUGGACACCUCCUCCAGCUCCCACUGCCCCUCCUGCGCCCUGGCCAGGAUGCGGCGAAACGACGGGGUGAUGGCGGGGGAUGGAGAUGACAAGGCGGGUCACGAGAGGGAGGAGGAGGCUGCGGCUCAGCAGGACGUGGUGGAGGCGGUGAAGAGGCACAUCCUCAACAUGCUGCACCUGCAGGAGCGUCCCAACAUCACCCGGCCGGUGCCACGCGCCGCCCUCCUCAACGCUCUGCGCAAGCUCCACGUGGGGCGAGUGGCCGAGGACGGCAGCGUGCAGAUCGGGGGGGAGGAGGAGACGCGGGGGAGGGGUGGCCGUGGAGGAGGCGGCGGAGGGAUGGGAGGAGCAGCCACUGCUCGCAUGGGAGAUGGCGAUGAAUCGGAAGAAACAACGGAGAUCAUCACUUUCGCUGAGGCAGGUGAAUCCCAGGGCACGGUCAACUUUGUCCUCUCCAAGGAAGGUGGUGACAUGUCUCUGGUGGAGCAGGCUAACGUCUGGCUCUUCCUCCGAAUGGUCAAGACCAACCGCAGCCGAGCCAAAGUCACCAUCCGCCUCUUCCAGCAGCGCCGACUCCCCAACGGACGCUUGGCCCUGCCACAGGAUGAAAUCCUGCUGGCCGAGAAGAAGGUGGAUACCCGCCGCAGUGGCUGGCACACCUUUGCCGUGUCAGCGGCGGUGCAGGCACUGCUGGAGAGCUCGGAGGGCAGCACGCUGAGUCUCAGGGUGUCCUGCCCGCUCUGUGCAGAUGCCGGCGCCACGCUUGUCCUCGUCUCUGGGAGCACGGAAACGUUGCAGCGCAACAACCAGCGGGAGCAGUCCCACCGGCCUUUCCUCAUGGCAGUGGUCCGGCAAGGAGACGGCAGUGACUCGCGGCGGCGCAGGAAACGAGGCCUUGAGUGCGACGGGAAGGUUCGCGUCUGCUGCAAGCGGCAAUUCUACGUCAACUUCAGAGACAUCGGCUGGAAUGACUGGAUAAUCGCACCGUCGGGUUACCACGCCAACUACUGCGAGGGUGACUGCCCGUCUCAUGUGGCGAGCUUCCCAGGGUCCUCACUGUCCUUCCACUCCACCGUCAUCAGCCACUACCGGAUGAGGGGCUACAGCCCCUUCCAGAGCCUGAAAUCGUGCUGCAUACCUACCAAGCUACGAGCAAUGUCCAUGCUCUACUACGACGAGGAGCAAAGGAUCAUGAAGAAAGACAUCCAAAACAUGAUCGUGGAGGAGUGUGGCUGCUCGUAGACGCCGAAACACCAACACGGUGGAUUGGAUAGCAAUGGUGAGAGCACCUCUAAACCCGGCGUGGGAGGACAGGACAUCGAGCUGGUGACUGUGGGACUCGGUCGUUACCUCUCUCUGGGAUAAAAACUCUUUCUGCAGAAUUCCCAGAGAAUUUUGAUGGCACUUUCAGAAAAGAAAAGAAAAAAAAAGGAAUAUCUAAUAUAUUUUUGUUACAAAAACAGAAAUAGCGAGGCUUAUUUAUGUGGCGAGACGUUCAAGCACCACUCAAUCCGUCAGACUCUGGAGAGAUGAGGUGCCUGAAAAAUGGAGGACAACCCUCUAAACUAUGCAACGUGCUUCACGCAUCAUGACUCUAUUGUAUUUUACUUUGUUUACUUUUUAAAAUGCUAAAAGAAGAAAGAAACAUUUUGUAUUAUUUCUUUGAAAUUGUACAUUUGUGGUGUGCGUGUGUUCCUUUGUAUGUCUGUUGUAUGUGUUGAGAGAUACUUGAAAGAAACAAGUUGGCCCAGCUGCUGGAACCAAACACUUCUUUUUAUGUUACCAUGUUAAUUUUAUUAUUAUUAUUACUAGUAAGUAUGUUAUUAAUAUUAAUGUUAUUAAUGAUAUUAUUUCUCUUUACAAAAACGUUACAAACGUUUUCAUUGUUUGCACUAUAGCCUCCUCACACCUUCAGAGAGUAGAGACAACAGUCAGAAAACCCUCCGCAUGGGACGGUCGGAGCCUCUCCGGCAUGUCUUCCUGUUUGUAGGUUCUAUUCCCUGGUUAGCCAGAGGUGGCUCAUGCUGUUUAGUUGUCAUGGGUUAGAAGUGUCACACAAAAAAGAUGGACUGUCUUGCUAAUUAUUUCCACUCCACUAAACACCGACAGAACUUUUAGAAGCGUUUACAAAAAGAAGUAAUCUUUGCUUUUUGAAGUGACUGAAUGAGACCACGUUUGGAAUAAAUGUUAGAAAAAGUAUUUUUUAGGGGCUUUAAUGCUGCUUUAACUUCUCCCUGUUUCCACAAAGAGUCCCAAUCUAGCAACUUUUUUUUUGGUUAUUUAUAUUUUCAAGUUCAUGUGUCUAAAAAUCAGUGAAAGUGUUUGGAUAGUCCCUUUAGGAUGUAUUGGUAUGUCUACCUUUAUAACUGUAUAGUCAAGAGAAAAAGAUACCCACAUUGUCUAAAACAAAAGUGCAGCAGCUGAGUGGUCCAAACAUCUGUUUUGUGUAAUUUGGUGAAAUCCUUCAGAACAACUUUUGAUUCUCCUCGGCUGUAAAAAAAAAAAAAAAAAAAAA